ACGCAUAGUAUCGUUCUUGAAUACGGGUGUUAGCCGCGUGCGUAGCACAUCUGGGUUUCGAUUCAUUUUAUAAAUUAAAUUAUUAUAUUUUAUUGCAUUAAAUUAUUUUAAUACGUUUGUGUAGCGUUGUUAAUUAAUUUGCCACUUAUUAAGGAGUGCGUUUGAAACUGGAAGAAUGAAAUUUUUAUUUGUUAUACUCGUAUUAUACCUCUAUUUCUGCCACACUUCUGCUGUGUUAUUUAGAUUAAAUAGUACAGAAUAUGUCCGAAUGCCGCCAUUGUAUCAUCUAGAUCCAUACGAGCUAUGUGUAUAUAAACCAAAAGGAUUAUAUUGUACAGUGGAGAUUGAUUUAGUUUCAGAUGGAAGCACGGAUGAAGGCAACGAAUUAAUGAAAAUGAUAAGAGAAUAUUCUGCGCGUACAGAAACGCAUUACAAUCAUACGCGACUACAUCACGGUAUUUGCGUCACGGAUAUAUGUCAAAAGUACCUUGCGCAAAACACAACAGAGGACCUUAAAGUAGUACUUGAAGGGUGCUUAAAUAGUUCAUUUUGGGAAAAAUACAAAUUAAAAACAAGGAUUAACGAAGAUUUAGUUUGUAACAAUAAAGAUCAAACUUUUGAGUUGGAACCUGGUGACAUAGGUGUGGCUGUGAUUGUGAUAUGUUUAAUUAUACUCAACAUUAGUGGGAUCAUUUACGACUGCUUUGCUUUUAAGAAGAAGGACCAUGAAGUAAACAAACUACUUCGAUGCUUCUCGAUCAGACAUAAUUGGCGAAAGUUGGUAGCUCCUGUAGCAAGUACAAACGAAAAACGGUUUAAGCGUCUUAAAAGUUUCAAUGGCUUAAGAGCAAUCACAAUAUUCUUAGUUAUAACGGAACACGCCUUACUUCCAUUUAUGGUCGCUUCAGACAAUACACUCUUUCUGGAAGACAUGUACCACAAUACUUUAUACCACAUCUUUUUAUACGGUACCAUACUUGUGCAAACGUUCUUCAUCAUUUCCGGAUGCUUGCUAGCCUACUACUUACAAAUUUGGUCAGAGAAGAAAGAUCUGAAUUGGAAAAUGAUACCCAAAGGAAUAAUAAUGAGAUGGCUAAGGUUAUCUCCAUCUUAUGCAGUCGUGCUUGCGAUAUCGUCGACGUGGCUAAGACUCUUUGGAUCUGGACCUCUGUGGGAUCAAGUAGUAAACAGUGAAGUUCAAGACUGCCGUCGAGACGGUUGGCUGCAUUUAAUCUAUAUAAACAACUACAUAGAUAACUCCUUAUGCAUGGUACAUGCUUGGUACCUUGCAGCGGAUAUGCAGUUGUACAUCUUUGGACUCGUAUUAUUAAUACUGGUUCAGACUGAAUAUGCUAGAAAAGCAGCAUUAUCGGUGAUGUUUGUGAUAGCCUUAAUCAUUCCUGCCCUCCAUACAUACAUUCAAAACUUGAACGCCUACUUCUUGCCCUACCCGGAAUCGACUCGGUUUUUUUUCGUAGCAGAUCCAACGUUCAACAACACGUAUAAGCGUAGUCAUACCAACUUGGCCAAUUACAUUUUAGGUCUUGGUCUUGGUUUGUUAAUACACAAAAUGCAGAAGGAAAAAUUCAACAUUAAAAAAUACAAGAAAUUCAAAUUUUUGUAUUGGGCUCUCGUUCCUGUUGGCAUUGGAGUAAUUAUAUGCAGUGGUUUGUUCUAUAUGGAUGGUGCAUCACCUUCGCUUCUCCUGAAGGCCGUAUACUCUAGUUUAAUUAAGCCAGUGGUUGGAUUUCUUACUUCACUUUUAAUUUUGGGACUGGUGUUCAAGAUGGAAAAUAUCUACCGAGGCAUUUUAGAGUGGCAAGGUUGGACAUCGCCUGCUAGGGUUUCAUAUUCAGCAUACAUAAUACAUAUGCUGCUGAUCAGAUCAAUUACUGGAACAAGAACUACGUUGAUUCACGUUACGUUUCCAUACUUUGUAUUAAUACAAGUCGGCACUGGUCUGCUUUGUUAUUUAGUCGCGUUUCCUUUCUGGCUACUGAUUGAAGCUCCGAUUGCACAACUCGUCAAACUCAUAAUGCCAAUGAAGGAUAUCGAGAAAGUGAAGUCGAACUAAAACUUACACAAAAUAAAUUAAGCAUUAAACACCAUUAUCUUAAAAUAUCGUCAUAUUAUGUGCUAAUUUAGAUGUUAUUAUUAUUGAUAACUUAAAAUCGACACUUAUCUAUUGUUUAAUAUAGAAUAUUGUUUAAUAACUUUUUUUAAUUCAUUUAUGUGUGACUUUUGUAAAUUUAAAUAACUAUAAAAAUAAAUCCCGGGUAAUAUUUAUACAAAUCUGUAAUUAAUAAUGUAGUUUGUAUUUUCUAGUUAUUAUUAGGAAGACGCUGCUGUUUAUAUACUGGUUGGAAGACAUAAUCAAAUAAAAUAAAAAUAUUAAUAUCUGUC